UAUAAACGCAUCGUGCGAGAUCAAAAAAUAUUCGUCUUACAAAACCGGAAUAAUAGUCUCGCUCUAAUACGCUUUGCUUGUUUCCUGCGGAAAGAAACACCAUAAUGGAGGGUUUCACAUCCUUUUUUAAUCCUGAAUCUCCGAACCGUUGGAGCUACGAUUCUCUCAAGAACUUCCGCCAGAUCUCUCCCAUCGUUCAAAAUCACCUCAAGCAGGUUUAUCUUGCACUAUGCUGUGCUUUGUUAGCAUCUGCAGCUGGUGCUUAUCUUCACGUACUCUGGAAUAUUGGUGGUAUCUUAACUACUAUAGGAUGCAUUGGAAGCAUUGCUUGGAUGCUCUCUUGUCCUCCUUAUGAAGAGCAAAAAAGGGUUGCACUUCUGAUGGCAGCGGCACUUUUUGAAGGAGCCUCAAUCGGUCCUCUGAUUGGGGUUGCCAUUGACUUUGAUUCCAGCAUCCUUGUUAGUGCAAUUGUUGGUUGUGCUUUGGCAUUUGGGUGUUUCUCGGCAGCUGCCAUGGUGGCAAGGCGAAGAGAGUACUUGUACCUUGGGGGGUUGCUUUCAUCUGGUCUUUCACUCCUUUUCUGGAUGCAGUUCGCCACCUCCAUCUUUGGUGGUUCUAUAGUCCUUUUCAAGUUCGAGUUGUAUUUUGGGCUUUUGAUUUUCAUUGGAUACAUAGUGGUUGAUACCCAGGCUAUAAUCGAGAAGGCACACUAUGGUGAUCUGGAUUAUGUGAAGCACGCACUCACUCUAUUCACAGACUUUGUGGCUGUAUUUGUCCGGAUUCUUAUCAUCAUGUUGAGGAAUGCAUCUGAAAAGGAAGAGGAGAAGAAGAGGAAGAGAAGAAACUGAGGUAUUGGUGAAAUCAUGGUGGUUGUGCAUAAACUUGGCUCGGUAAUCCAACUUUGCUUCCCAAUGUUAUGGAGUCUUGUAUCUAAAAUGGAUUUAGCUGUUGGGGCACUUAUACUGUUGAAUGGCGUACCUAUGAUGAUGAUGGUUGGUUUACAAAUUUCAAUGUUCCUUUUAAAUUUGGAAACUUGACUUUGAUUUAAUUGGUUCUGUAUGUACUACCUCUCGGCCUCUCGGGCCUUGAGGUCUUGUUAAAACUUCUAAACCUUUUUCAAGCGGUUUGAUUUCCUGCUAUGGAAAACCACGAUAUAACAUUCCAAGUCCUCAAUGAUUCGUUUUCUAUUUUCUUUGUGCGUAGUUGUUUUAGAAACUAACUU